AAUUACAUCAAAAACAUAUUUUGAAAUUACGAAGUGUAUAUAUUUUAAAUGUUUCGUGUUAAAUACAAAUGGUGCGUAUACGGGGAGUAAAAUGUGGGUUAGCACAUGAUAACCAUCUGCUACGUCAGCCGCAUACAACAAUUAAGGAUCCAAAACUCAUUGAAUUUAUUCGUAAACGACGGAUUGAUUUUCGCGGUGAAGACCCGGUUUGUAAACAAUGUGUCGAACAAUUAAAACAUAUAUAUUCAGAAAAAAUUAGACGUGCUCUAGAACUGAAACGAGCGCAACAACAAAGAUCCUUGGAGUUGUCCUCCUCAGUUACGGAUCAAGAUGAUACCAUUACUAGUCGACAACAACGGGCGCUGCAUGCGGCAAAGAAAGGUUCAACCACUACAACAACGACUACUACAGCAGUCAGUGAAAAGCAACUAAGUAGCUCRCAAUCAACAAUUGACGAGGGUCCAUCCACAAGUGCUGCAGCUGCAGCGAAGCUGAAACGUAAAAAAGUGGAAACGGCACGACGCCGACAUGGAACUGUGCAUGUCGUAGGUGAUGACACGACCGACGCGGAGGAUGAUGAUGACGAUUAUGAGCCAAGUCCAAAUGCUGUAAAUGGCACACGCUUACCACACAUACAGCCUAUACCUAAGAGGAGAAAAUUUGUACAUGCAAAUCCAGAUGUCCUGAAUAUCUACAUGGCGGGCCUGACCGGUGGAUGAUUCUAAUGAGUUUUAAAUUUAUAAUAAUAAUAAUUUAUUCAGACGACUGAUAGUUGUACAGAUUUAUACUGUUGUA